CCCUCUGUGGUGGGGGAAGGGGAGGACAGGAAAAGCAGAGGGAUCUUUCUGGAUGUCCUGGGAGAGAAGUCCUUUGGGUGCAGGCUGGAACCAGGGAGGAACCCCUUCACCGUGCCGUGAGAAGGGGCCCCAAACCCAGGCGAGACAGAGGGAGGAUCAAGAACCCAAGGCAAAUGUCACUCGUGCCUCGUUUUUUCCCUAAAGAAACAAAGCAGCUGCGUUAGGUGGCCCCUCAGGAAGACCAGUCAUUUCCUGAGGAGAUAACAGGCCAGCCCAGGCCCCAUUGUUCCCGGCUUCCAGCCAUGGCUGCCAUUACCUGAUCAGCGCCACAGCUGGUCUCUCUGCAGGCGCCCGGAGAAGUGACCAGAGUGGUUUCUGCUUUUCACAGGGCGGGUUUCUCAACGGCGACCUGUGGGCAGUGCCUUCUGUUGAGCAAGGCAUGGCCCGAAGGCAGAACUAACUGCCUGCAGCCUUCACUCUCAGGAUGCAGCCGAGGUGGGCCCGCGGGGCCACAAUGUGGCUUGGAGUCCUGCUGGCCCUUCUGCUCUGUUCAAGCCUUGAGGGUCAAGAAAAUUCUUUCACCAUCAAUACUGUUGACAUGAAGAGCCUGCCGGACUGGACAGUGCACAAUGGGAAGAACCUGACCCUGCAGUGCACCGCGGAUGUCAGCACCACCUCUUAUGUCAAGCCUCAGCACAGGAUGCUGUUCUAUAAGGAUGACGUACUGUUUUACAACGUCUCCUCCAUGGAAAGCACAGAGAGUUAUUUUAUUCCCAAAGCCCGGGUCUAUGACUCAGGGACGUACAAAUGUACUGUGAUUGUGAACAACAAAGAGAAAACCACACAAGAGUACCAGGUGUUGGUGACAGGAGUGCCCAGUCCCAGCGUGACACUGGACAAGAAAGAGGCCAUCCAAGGUGGGGUCGUAAGGGUGAACUGUUCCGUCCCAGAGGAAAAGGCCCCGAUACACUUCACGAUUGAAAAACUUGGACUGAAUUCAAAAAUUGUCAAGCAAAAAAGAGAGAAGACUUCUCGGGACCAGAAUUUUGUGACGCUGGAAUUCCCUAUUGAGGAACAGGACAGUGUCAUAGCCUUCCGAUGUCAAGCUAGGAUCAUUUCUGGGAUCCAUGUGCAGACCUCAGAAUAUACCAAGAGUGACCUGGUCACCGUGAGAGAAUCCUUCUCUAUGCCCAAGUUCCACAUCAGCCCCACCAGAAUGAUCACGGAGGGAGAUCAGCUCCACAUUAAGUGCACCAUUCAAGUGACUCACCUGGCUCAGGAGUUUCCAGAAAUCAUAAUUCAGAAGGACAAGGCGAUUGUGGCCAACAGCAAACACGGCAACGAGGCCGUGUACUCGGUCAUGGCCACGGUGGAGCACAGUGGCAACUACACGUGCAAAGUGGAGUCCAGCCGCAUAGCCAAGGUCAGCAGCAUCGUCGUCAACAUAACAGAACUGUUUUCCAAGCCCAAACUGGAAUCUUCCUCCAUACGUCUGGACCAGGGUCAGACACUGUCCCUAUACUGCUCCAUCCCAGGAAUGCCUACAGCCAACUUCACCAUCCUGAAGGAAGACACAGUUGUGUCACAGACUUCAAAUUUCAGGAAGACAGUCUCAGAGUGGGACAGUGGGACGUAUAUCUGCACUGCAGGUAUUGGCAAAGUAGUCAAGAAAAGCAACACAGUCCAGAUAGUCGUGUGUGAAAUGCUCUCCAGGCCGAGGAUUUCUCAUGACGCCCAGUUUGAGGUCAUAAAAGGACAGACCAUCGAAGUCAGUUGCCAGUCGAUCAAUGGAACUUUGCCUAUUUCUUAUCAGCUUUUUAAAAAUACAGAAAGUUUGGAGAGUUGUACUAAGAGCUCAAAUGACCCUGCGGUAUUCAAAGACAACCCCACUGAAGAUGUCAGAUACUAUUGUGCCGUGAAUAAUUGCCAUUCCCAUGACCGACUGUUAAGUGAGGUUCUGAGGGUGAAGGUGAUAGCCCCGGUGGAUGAGGUCCAGAUUUCUAUCCUGUCAAAUAAGGUGGUGGAGUCUGGCGCAGACGUUGUGCUGCAGUGUGCGGUGAAUGAAGGAUCUGAUCCCAUCACCUAUAGCUUUUACAGAGAAAAGGAGACCAAACCCUUCUACCAAAGAACCUUGAAUGACACCCAGACAUUUUGGACCAAAUUCAAGGCUAGUAAGGAGCAGGAGGGACAGUAUUACUGCACAGCUUUCAACAGAGCCAAUCAAGCCUCCAGUAUCCCCAGAAGCAAAAUACUGACAGUCACAGUCGUUCUUGCCCCAUGGAAGAAAGGACUUAUUGCAAUGGUUGUCAUCGGAGUCAUCAUUGCUCUCUUAAUCGUUGGGGCCAAAUGUUAUUUUCUGAGAAAAUCCAAAGCCAAGCAGAUGCCGGUGGAAAUGUCCAGGCCAGCAAUACCACUUCUGAACUCCAACAACGAGAAAAUGUCAGAUCCCAGCAUGGAAGCUAACAGUCAUUACGGUCACAAAGAUGAUGUUGGAAACCAUGCAAUGAAACCAAUAAAUGAUAAUAAAGAGCCUCGGAACUCAGAUGUGCAGUACACGGAAGUGCAAGUGUCCUCAGCUGAGCCUCACAAAGAUCUAGGAAAGAAGGGCACAGAGACGGUGUACAGUGAAAUCCGGAAAGCUGCCCCUGCCUGCUCCAGCCCCUGCGACAUUAUUGGGGCAGUUGAACUGGGUUCUUUGCAUUGCUCACUGCCAUGUCAUUCUUUGUUUUGCAGAUGCCGUGGAAAACAGAUACUCUAGAACGGAAGGCUCCCUUGAUGGAACUUAGACAGUGAGGACAGAUGUACAUCCCUGGAAGGACAUCCAUGUUCCAAGAAGAGCAGAUGAUCCCUGAAUUUCAAGAGCUCUGUGCACUUAUUUAUGGACCUGCCCUGCUCCCACAGAACACAGCAAUUCCUCAGGCUAAGCUGCCGGUUCUUAAAUCCAUCCUACUGAGUUAAUGUUGGGUAGAAAGAGAUCCAGAGGGGCAGUUGAAUUUCCCACACAUCCUCCUCCCACCAAGUUGGAGCAUCCUUGGCAAUUGGAAGAGCAGAAGAGGGGAUCCAGGGCAAACAGUCCACUGGGAUAUUCUGAAACUUGAAUAUUUUGUCUUGUGCAGAGAUAAAGACCUUUUCCAUGCGCCCUCAUACACAGAAACCGGUUUUCUGUUUUGUAGCCAAUCACUUCUAGCACAUGGCCUGGUUAGAGGCUAGUUUUUUUUUUUUUUUUUUUUGUCUUUUCCUUUGUUCCUUCAAAGGCUUGUAGUUUUGAGUAGUCCUUGUUCUUUGGAAAUACACAGUGCUGACCAAACAGCCUCCCCCUGUCCCCUCUAAAACUUUACUCUCCACAAAUGGGAAAACCAAGCUACUUGGGAGCACCUCCUUUGAAAUACCAACCUGAAGACUAGAUUCAUUCGGGCAAUACAGCAAACAGAAAAUGAAGGUGGAACAAGCACAGAUGUUCUUAAACUUUUUUCUACCCCCUUUUCCUUUUCCUCUACCAUGCUGGAGGCUGAAAGACAGGAUGAUGGUGCCUACAGCAAAUAUUAUUCUUAAUUGAAAAAGUAAAAUGUGUAUGUUUCUUACUAAUUUUUUAAGAUUUAUUCCUUGUUAGGGCAGGUGAGGUGGCUCAUGCCCGUAAUCCCAGCACUUCAGGAGGCUGAGGCGGGCACAUCGCCUGAGGUCGGCACAUCGCCUGAGGUCAGGAGUUUGAGACCAGCCUGGUGAAACCCUGUCUCUACUAAAAAUUCAAAAGCUAGCUGGGUGUGGUGGCACAUGCCUGUAGUAUCAGUCACUCAAGAGACUGAGGCGGGAGAAUCGCCUGAAUCCAGGAGAGGGAGUUUGUAGUGAGCAGAGAUUGCACCACUGCACUCCAGCCUGAGUGACAGAAUGAGAAUCCAUUUCAAAAAAAAAAAAAAAUUGCUUGCUAAAGAAGUGGUUUCCUGAGGUCUUAAGACGUUCCUGACAUUGUCUUGAGUGGGUGGGACAGCGGUUGUGGUUAUUGCGCUGUGGAAUUUCACUGGUGAGAACCACACCUAACCAAAAUCACUUUCCCUGUUUAACUCAGUGACACGGCUGCAGGGACCCUAGUGGUGGUGUAUUAAAUAAAUUUGACCUUUACUCUUUGCA